AUGAAGUUCAAUAUUGAUGAUUUGCCGGUGCUCUUUCCAUAUCCUAGGAUAUAUCCAGAACAAUAUGCCUAUAUGUGCGAUCUGAAAAGAACGCUUGAUGCCGGCGGCCAUUGCGUUUUGGAGAUGCCUUCGGGUACUGGAAAGACUAUCUCACUGCUGUCUUUGAUCGUUGCGUAUCAACAAUACUACCCAGAGCAUCGGAAACUCAUUUACUGCUCACGUACUAUGUCCGAAAUUGAAAAAGCGUUGGCAGAAUUGAAAGCUCUUAUGAAAUAUAGGGCGGAACAACUCGGACACCAGGAAGAUUUCCGUGGAUUGGGAUUGACUAGUCGUAAAAAUUUAUGUCUUCAUCCUUCUGUGAAGCGAGAGAAGAGUGGUGCUGUUGUGGAUGCUCGCUGUCGAAGUUUGACGGCUGGAUUUGUGAAAGAGAAGAAGGAGAGGGGUGAAGAUGUACCGGUGUGCAUUUAUCAUGAUAACCUGGACCUCCUCGAACCACAUAAUCUUAUACCAAAUGGAGUAUGGACGUUAGAUGGGAUAAUGAGAUAUGGCGAGGAACACAAACAAUGCCCAUACUUUACCUCCAGGCGAAUGAUGUCCUUCUGCAACGUGAUCAUUUACUCGUACCAUUACUUACUCGACCCCAAAAUUGCCGAGAGAGUUUCUAAAGAGCUUUCAAAGGAUUGCAUAGUCGUAUUUGACGAAGCACACAAUAUUGAUAACGUGUGCAUCGAAUCCUUAAGUACUGAUAUCACGGAUGACUCGCUUCGAAGGGCCACUCGUGGAGCAAUGAAUCUCGAAAGCAGGAUUUCAGACUUAAGGGAUAGCGAUUCAGAAAAACUCAAGGAUGAAUACGCCAAGUUGGUCGAGGGGCUACGCGGUGCUGACGAAGCUCGAGCAGAAGAUGCCUUCAUGUCAAAUCCUGCUUUACCAGAUGAUCUCCUCAAGGAAGCCGUCCCAGGAAAUAUUCGGAGAGCUGAGCAUUUUGUCGUUUUUCUGAAACGCUUUAUCGAAUACCUCAAGACACGAAUGAAAGUCCGGCAGGUUAUUUCGGAGACACCGGCAUCUUUCUUAGCUCAUCUAAAAGAGUACACAUAUAUCGAGAAGAAGCCGCUUAGAUUUUGCGCAGAACGUCUAACAUCUCUUGUGCGGACUUUGGAACUUACUAACAUUGAGGACUAUCAGCCACUUCAGGAAGUUGCAACUUUUGCCACCCUCGUAGCGACAUAUGAAAAGGGAUUUCUUCUUAUACUUGAGCCUUAUGAGUCUGAUACCGCCGAAGUUCCUAAUCCUGUUCUUCACUUCACCUGUCUUGAUGCCGCGAUAGCAAUCAAGCCCGUCUUUGAGCGUUUCAGCUCCGUAAUUAUUACGUCAGGUACUAUUUCUCCACUCGAAAUGUAUCCUAAAAUGCUCAAUUUUGAGUGCGUUGUUCAGGAGUCUUACCCCAUGACUCUCGCUCGACGCUCUUUUUUGCCUAUGAUUGUCACAAGAGGAUCUGACCAGGUUGCGAUUUCUUCGGGAUUCCAAGUUCGAAAUGAGCCUGCUGUUGUCCGUAAUUACGGCAAUUUACUAACAGAGAUGUCUAAGCUCACUCCGGAUGGCAUGGUCGUUUUCUUCCCAUCCUACUUAUACAUGGAGUCGAUUAUUAGUAUGUGGCAAGGAAUGGGCAUCUUGGAUGAGGUUUGGAAAUACAAGCUCAUUCUCGUGGAAACUCCUGAUGCACAAGAAACAUCUCUAGCACUAGAGACCUAUCGCACGGCGUGCUGUAACGGACGAGGAGCUAUCCUUCUUUGUGUCGCUCGUGGAAAAGUCAGUGAGGGCAUCGACUUCGACCACCAAUACGGACGCACUGUGCUAUGUAUUGGAGUACCAUUCCAGUAUACCGAAUCUCGAAUCUUGAAAGCGCGAUUAGAGUUCCUCCGUGAAACAUACCGGAUCAGAGAGAAUGACUUCCUAUCCUUCGAUGCCAUGAGACAUGCAGCCCAAUGUUUGGGACGUGUACUUAGAGGGAAAGAUGAUUACGGAAUCAUGGUGUUGGCCGAUCGUCGAUUCUUGAAGAAACGAACUCAAUUGCCAAAAUGGAUCAACCAGGCGAUUCUCGAUAGUGAAGUCAAUCUGAGUACGGAUAUGGCGGUAGGAAGUGCGAAGAAAUUUUUACGGAAUAUGGCACAGCCAUUCAAGGCCAAGGAUCAGGAGGGAAUCAGCACGUGGAGCUUGCAGGAUCUGGAGAAAUUCAAGGAGAAGCAGUAUGAAGAGACGCUUCAAGCAUUGAGAGGUGGUGGAAAGGGCGACCCAAUGGAUGGCAUCAAGAAUGGCAACGAGCAAACAGUUAAAGAAGAUGAGUAUGGCAUGGAUGAUGAUGAAAUGGAGGCGUCGUUGAUGCAGUUAGAUGCGUAGGUAAACUUUGAUGGACAGUUAUCUAUUGACGACAGGAAAGAAUAUGCAUCACAAUUGUACGAUAUCAAUGGCAGCUUUGUGGCCUAAGAAAGGAAAAUAAAUUGGUUCAUUUGGUAUCUAAUUCUGGGGUAGGGCUCUAAUAAUGAAAAGGUAUAACUACAGCCAUUACUUCUAAUUCAUGCUCUUCGCCACAGUCCAAAAGCUGUCCAUUUUUGACCUUGUCAAGGCAUCUCGAGCUGCACUAUCUGUCUCGCACACCUUACUUUGCCACUUCCUGAAUGCUCUAGACUUCUGCUCUCCUUCCCAGACCAAUUGGCAAUUGUUCAGCGUCAUAUCCUUCAACUCUCCUUUCUCAUCUUCUGCCUUCAACCAAUCUUGCAAUGCAUCUGCUUUUGUACCCUCCUUGAUUCGUGUGGGUGAGUUUUCAGUCCAGUCUAUUCGUUGCAUCAUUAGCUUUUUAUAUUGCCUGAUACUAUGCUCGCCACCCUCGACAACUACCAAAUUGAAUCUUGGAUGUAGAAUACAGAUGCCUGUGAGAGCAUGCUGUUCUGCGUUUUUGGCGAUUUUGAAUCUGUGACUACCAUUUGCAAGGCUCCCAAUCUUAAAUACUAAAGCAUGAAUGCCCUUUGCGGCAUCCUUCUCCUGAUUUGCAGCCAGUUUCUCGUGUCUUUGUUCUUUUGUCAACUUUCGAUCUUGGUUCGUCUCGACAUGUUUCUGGUGUCGAUCUGCAAUUUCUCGGUUGACACGAGCUUCGACUGCGGUUGGAUCCUUGACAGCUUCUUCUCCUAAUACACGCAUAAGAUUUCCCUUCUUGACCUUUGGAGGCGGCGCGGGCUCCAAUCCAAGUCUAAUCUUUGCUUGCUGUUCCUUCAAUUCAGCCAUUCGACGCUGUCUCCGUAGUUUGGCUUGUUCUUUCGCGGUCAGGAACAUAGGUUUAGGCGCAGGCGCAUUCUUUUCCUGUGGCGGUUCAAGUAAAACGGGAUGCUGAACAUAUUCUGUAAUAAUUGAGUCUGGGGUGCCGAUUUUGAGAGUCUUUGGAUUCGAAAUAUCGUCAUAAUUCUUGCCAUCUACCAGGCCUUCAUCCCACCAUUCGAUCUCUGGCGGUGCUUCAACAAGGAAUUUCUUCUCGGUAUCGAUAUCCUCGUCAAUACCAAUCUUUCGCGAAGACUCGGCGAUACGCUUUUUCAUAGCCUCUAGGGCAGCCUGUCUUCGAAGCGCAUUCGCUUGUGCUAUAUACUUCCCCUUCUGGUUGAAAACUAGUUGUCUCGAGUGUCGAUUCUUUGGCGUUGCUGUUUGCCCACCUAGGCUCAUAUCAAAGUAUGGAUUGUUGCGAAUCUCUUCCGUCGAAGGCCCCGAAAUAUCGAGUUGUUUCCUAGGCUUCGCCGUCGCCUUUUCUUGUUGAGGGCGAGCAUUUCCGAUGCUGGUUGCGAACUUGGGCGCAGUUGAUUUUGAGGGCUUGUAUUGUCCAAGGUCUUGCAGUGCUGGGUGGAGAUCGACAUUCAAACCUCCUUUCGCAAGCAUAGGAUGUAAACCGACAUUCAACCCACCCUUUGCCUUGCUACCACCGACUGCAGCUGCGACUCUAGCUUUUAGAGAUGCGAGCUUCUCGGCAGCAGACUCUGGCUUGCCAACACGGCUGGAGGAAUCAUGUCGAGGUGCCAAAAUUGGAGAGGCUUUCCCUCGAUCCAUGUUGUCGAAAAUAUAUGUUUGUCAAUUGUGUAUUAGAAAAGAGAUAUGUGGCACACAUACACCAAGUUGGUGAUCCUGAAGUAUCGUAAUCGUUGAGU